GUCUCGAUGUUUUCCCUAAUUUCGUAUCGCGUUCUCGUUAGUUCUUGAAUUUAAUUUGUUCGAUCGAUGAAUAAUCUUGUUUCGUCUCCCAUCUCAUUCGUUCGAUUUUCGGGCAGAAUCCAGUUGGGAUAAAGGAAACGCGCGCUUCUAUGUAAAUGUAGCAGACCUCGAAGUGUGCGUGGAGCGAUGGAGUGGCGCUCGGAAACGAACCUAAUGAAGCGGACGCUCAAACAAAUUGACGAGUUUCCAAUUUCUCGAAAAAAGUACAUUCGCACGUAUGUCGCCGAUCCGUACGCUCACCCUCGCCAUUUUUCUGCACGCAGUCAAUUUGACCUGUGUAUUGUUUCAAUCGAACAGCUUCAUCAUCUUUCUCUAUGCUAGCGACACACUCCACCAUGAAAUUUGGCGGGAGUUUACUGUCAUUGUCACGAUGCAAGCGCAGAGUUUCACGCACUAAUAAUAAUUCUAUGAAACAUUAAUUAAGCGGGAAUAACACUUUGUCGGUGAAUAUAUAUUGCCGAAAAUUUUAAUUCGAUUAACCCGUCUCUACGUGCGAACGAAUAGAAGUGUGUGUUUGUUUACAUGGCGGAUAUUCCUGCACCGGGAUCCGACGCGGACUGAAAUGACAUCUGGUGUUGAAUUUUUCUCUUCAGUCGGCGACCGUUAGAGAGCGUGUAUCACGCGUUGGCGCAUUCAAAUUCGCGGAGAAUCGUAUUCAUUUCACGCACAUUAUUAAACAAUGUGCAGUUAGGCCGCGUUAACUUUCGAUUUUUUUGCCAAAAUAAUAUCCCACUUGAUUUCAACUUAUCUCGUUACGCAGCACGUCGUCUCCGGCGGUUAGUUUAUCGUCUCUGAUCUGUAUCUCAGCAUUGCGAUGAUGAUUUCUAAUCGUAUUCUCUACUGCUCUCGUACGAAAAUUGAUAAAAUUGAAGAUUCGAUGAGAUGUAAAAACUCGCGGUAAAAAUCAAUCCGAUCCAUCGCCUCGGAAAGAACGGGUUAUUCGUGUGUUACAUAAAUGACGCAAUCUGCGCUUGGAUUCGUGUGGAAUUCGGUGUGGAACGGAAACACAAGGAUGUCGGCCAAAAUUCGAUUUCACGAUACGCAUCGCUCAGAUUUCACCUGAUCACCUUUUCACGUUCAACGCUUGAUUAACAAAUCGCGAGAAAUGUACUUCCAUCCGUAAAAGGCAGAAAAGAUAAUGAAGGGGACUCAUAGGGACGUUGAAAAAGAGUCGAUUCUCGAGAAUCUCGAGGUCCCGAGUCAGUUGAUCGCGCGUAGUGCGAGCGAACGAACCAUUGUGAUUAUUGUGAACAAAGAACUGUGUGCAAACCUGAUUUUGUUUCGUGUGACAUCAAGAGCGUCGUUAUUCAGAUCAGUUAAACGUCACCGAAAAAAGUUUGCUGAAUGGAUUCUCAAGUUCGAAAGAUACGUGCCAGCGGUGCUCGCUCGUUUUUAGCUUGUGGCUUUUUUCUGGCCUGUUUAGCGAUGUUACCCACAGCACGAGGACUGUACAGCGUUGGCGUCGGAAUCGCCGACUCCACGGGGCCUGUUGCGGAAACUGUAUUUCUCGGCUACGCAAAAAUGGACCAGAAAGGGGCUGGACUUCAUUUACGAACUUUUUCGAGGGCUUUCAUUAUCGACGAUGGGGAAGAAAGGUUCGCUUUUGUCAGUGUCGAAAGCGCGAUGGUUGGACACGAUGUGAGAAUGGCGGUGAUUAAAAAAUUACAGGCCAAAUUCGGUAAGAUGUACAACGAAGAAAACGUCAUGAUAAGCGCGACUCACACGCAUUCAAGUCCGGGAGGAUUCAUGAUGUACGUUCUCUUCGAUCUCACAACUUAUGGCUUUAUAAAACAAAGUUACACAGCUCUAGUCAAUGGAAUAACGAAGAGUAUCGAACAGGCUCACGAUGCAGUUGUACCAGGAAAAAUAUAUCUCGGUUAUGGACAAGUUCUCAAUGCCAAUAUCAAUCGGAGCCCUCAGGCUUAUUUGAAUAAUCCCGAAUCUGAAAGGAGCAAGUACGAGCACAAUGUCGACAAAAUAAUGACCCAAUUGCAAUUUAUCGCAGCGGAUGGUCAUCCGCUUGGUGUCAUUAAUUGGUUCGCCGUUCACCCAACUAGUAUGAACAAUACUAACAGACUCGUUUCGAGCGACAACGUUGGAUAUGCGGCGACACUUUUCGAAAGACGUAUGAACAAAAACACAAUGAUUGGAAAGGGUCGUUUCGUUGCAGCCUUUGCGUCGACGAACUUGGGCGACGUAUCACCCAACAUCCUCGGUCCUAAAUGCGAAUUCACCGGUGGCGAGUGUUCCCCCGAGUACACGUGUCCGGGAAAAAACGAAAUGUGUUUUGCUUCUGGUCCUGGACGUGACAUGUUCGAGAGUACAAGCAUUAUCGCUCACAGGAUCUUCGACGAGGCGAUGAGUAUAUGGGACAAGGGAAAUACGAGGGAAAUCAGAGGUCCUCUGCGAGUAGUUCACCGUUUCGUCGAUAUGCCUAAACAAACAGCUGAAUUCUACAACGAAACGACGAAGCUCAUCGAACAGGUGACAGGCUGCCAACCAGCAAUGGGAUACAGUUUUGCUGCUGGAACUACCGACGGUCCUGGUUCUUUGUCCUUCGAGCAGGGAACGACGACGUCCAAUCCCGUGUGGAAUGCCGUGAGGAACUUUGUCGCUGCACCCACCCCCGAAGAUAUUCAGUGUCACGGUGCAAAACCGAUUUUACUUGCGACUGGUCGAAUGCGGCUCCCGUAUCCGUGGCAGCCGAAAAUAGUUUCCACUCAGUUAGCAGUGGUUGGAAAUUUCGUAAUAGCUGGAGUACCUGGUGAAUUUACAACGAUGUCAGGAAGGCGAAUGCGCGAAACAUUGAAAUCUGCCAUGAGCUACGUUGGCCAAGCCGAGAGUGACGUUGUCGUCGCUGGACUGUGUAAUACUUACAGUGAUUACAUCGCUACGCCCGAAGAGUACCAGAUCCAACGGUACGAGGGUGCUUCGACCAUCUACGGACCCCACACUCUGACCAUUUAUUUGGAACAAUAUCGCGAGCUCUUGAUUUCAGUAUUCGAGAAAAUAGAUUUGGGCCCCGGACCUUCGCCACCGAACAUGCUCGCUGAAAAUUUGAUAAGUCUCCAGACGCCGGUGAUCUACGACACGUCCAGGUGGGGUAAAAGCUUCGGCGAUUGCCUUCGUCAGCCUCCGAAAUCCGCACGACCUGGUGAAACCGUCACAGUCCGUUUCGUUUCUGGAAAUCCGAGGAAUAAUCUGAUGUCAGGAUCAUCGUUUCUAUUCGUGGAGAAACUGAACGACAACGGCGAUUGGGUUGCAGUCGCGAGUGAUGCUGAUUGGGAGACCAGAUUCCAUUGGAUCAGAACGUCAACUAUAUUUGGAACUAGCGAGGCUGAAGUAACGUGGGAGAUUCCCGAUAAUGUCGCUUCCGGUGAAUAUCGAAUUCGACACGAUGGCUAUUAUCGUUAUAUAUUUGGAGGUGUAUUUCCUUAUCGUGGCUUCACACAUACUUUCCAGGUAACGACAUCUGACUAAAGCGUAUCAGUGAAAUUUCAUUCGACGUAGAAUGGAUUUGUUCGUUCAGAGGCUGUGAAAUUUCGACUGUAUAUCGUAACAGAUUCACUCAUUCACCAUUGAAUUAUUACGAAUAUAUGUAAUUCACUUUACGUAACAAAAAAAGAGAAGAAAUCAUUGCAAAUGCAAUAUUUCGCAGAAUGUUAUACCAAUUGCGAUCGCCUUGGUAGGAAUUGUAUUAUAAAUUUGUAAAUAAGUGUAUCAUCGGGAUUUACCAGAACCUGUAAAACGUUGCGAUGGAGGAAAAAAUUAUACAAUGAGUGUAUGUACUGAUAUCGUGCUUGGUUAGAUUGUAAUGUUACUUACAAUUUAAAUGGCCUUACGAAACGAAUGCCAAUAAUAAUUCUUCGACUUAUUUUCACUUCGCACGGUUUCACUCUUCUCUCUUGGUACGAUUAUAAAUUGUAAACACGACGGAGGCUUGUGCAUGAGCUCGAUAUUAUAAUCAUUUUUCUUUUCCUAUGGGAAAAUCGUAAUAUUAAAAUAACAUUUUUAUUCAACUCUCGUAUGGGAAUCGCAUCAGUGACAAACUGUUCGCGUUGUGCGAAUCCUUCGGAUAAUACAACGUCGACAGUUGUUGGUGUCUCUGAAAUUAAAAAAUGAGGAAACUGAGGAUUUUGCCCUCGUUUUUUCACACCUCAUACUUCAUCGAGAGAUAGAUUUUCUCCCUACGAACACUAUUGUACGCUUGAACACUUUUUGAACGUGUAAUUCACACUUUCUGCUUUAUCAAUUUCUGGUUCUCACAAAUUAGUCAUUCUAUUUACUAGAAUUUUCUCGUCGUUUUAUCUCAUCAGUAAUGCUCGGAUCAACAUUACGCUGAGCUAUUAGUAAUCAGUAAGGGUGGGAAUUAAAUGUUAGAAUGACUAAAGAUUCGAACAGUUCAAAUAUCGAGUUUAUGAACGUCGAGUGAUGAUAUGGGAACAAAUCAAUUCGACUAGAGCUUUGAAUGUCGAAAAUAAAUAAAGUAGAAACUUCAAACUUCGAAGCACGUCUACACCGAAAAUAGAAUGUAACAAUCGUCUAUGGAACGACGACUAACAUAUUGUUUUUCCAAAAAUUCGACUCUUUUGAUUCAUAAAUUACUACGAUCAGCGAUACUAUGAACAUUUACAAUUACGAAAAAAUAAUAAUGAAAGACCAAA